UGUCCUGCUAUUUUUGGAAUAUGUCUCCAAAAUUAAGUUACCUACGGUGGAGAAGCAGUAAUCUGAAUGAGUGAGAGAACAGACUCUGUUAUCAACAUAAAUGCAUACCAGAGCUUGUUGUUUUAUCUAAACCACCAUGCCGUUGAAAUGGAAACUCUGUAAUAGCCCCAUUGAAAGAAGAUUCAUGGUUUCUGUUCUCAAGGUUUCUAGGGCAGCGACAGUCUCUCCAACGUACAUCUCACUGGUAGAAGAGGGGACUUUUCCUCUGAAAGCGCCUUUGUCCUCCAGCAGGAUGGAAGACACAAAAAGCUGCCAAUCUCCGAUUUCUCUUGGGGGUCCUCAGAUGUUCAACAGUGAGACUCACAGCUUAGCUGUGCUGCAGGGAUUUAACAGCCUGAGGAAUGAUGGUUUACUCUGUGAUGUCACGUUGGUGCCCGGGGACAGUGAUGAAAGGUUUCCUGUGCACAGAGCCAUGAUGGCAUCAGCAAGUGACUAUUUUAAGGCUAUGUUCACGGGUGGCAUGAAGGAACAGGAGCUGAAUUCUAUCAAACUGCAUGGAGUAAGCAAGAUAGGACUGAAAAAUAUCGUAGAAUUCAUCUAUACGUCAAAGUUAGCUCUCAAUGUGGACAACCUCCAGGACAUACUAGAAGCAGCCAGCUUCCUCCAGAUAUUGCCUAUCCUUGAGUUUUGUAAGGAGCUUCUAAUUUCUCAGGUCUCGGUUGAAAACUGUGUAGAAUUUGGACGUAUUGCCAACACGUUCCACUUGACCAAAUUGCAUAAUUUUAUCAAAGACUAUAUUGUAAAGAACUUCUCAACAUUGUUAAACAAUGGAGAAUUCCUUAAGCUUUCCUACGACCAGCUUGUCUUUGUGCUUGGCAGUGACAGCCUGAAACACUGCUCUGAACUUCAGCUGUUUAAAGCCACCUGUCAGUGGCUAAAUCAUGAGGAAUGUCGAAUGCAGUUUGCUGCAAAAUUGAUGAAGAAUAUUCGCUUCCCACUGAUGACACCACAGGAGCUCCUUGAACAUGUUCAGAAGGUGGAGUUCAUGCGAACUGAUACAAGCUGUGUUAAUCUUCUACUUGAAGCUAGUAACUACCAGAUGUUGCCGCACAUGCAGCCAAUCAUGCAGUCGGAAAGGACAAGGAUUCGUUCCAAUUCAACCCACCUGGUAACUCUGGGUGGCGUGCUCCGCCAGCAGCUUCUGGUGAGCAAAGAGCUGCGCUUGUUUGAUGAGAAUACCCAAAAAUGGAGGCCUUUGGCUGCAAUGGAUGUGCCACGUUACCAGCAUGGCGUAGCUGUGAUUGGAAACUUCCUCUUUGUAGUUGGUGGGCAGAGCAACUAUGACACAAAAGGAAAAACUGCUGUUGAUACAACGUACAGAUACGACCCCCGUUACAACAAGUGGAAACAGAUGGGUUCUCUCAAUGAAAAGAGAACCUUCUUCCAUUUAAGUGCUCUUAAAGGAAAUCUGUACGCAGUGGGAGGCCGGAAUGCAGCUGGAGAAUUAGCCACAGUUGAACGCUACAACACAGCAACAAAUGAAUGGACUUAUGUCACUAAAUUGAAUGAGCCUCAUUAUGGACAUGCUGGCACUGUUCACAGGGGAUACAUGUACAUAUCAGGUGGAAUUACACAUGAUACAUUUCAGAAAGAACUACAGUGUUACAAUCCAGAAAAUAACACCUGGUCCCGGAAGAGAGAUAUGUCCACUGUGCGUGGGCUACACUGUAUGUGUUCCAUUGAAGAUCGCCUUUAUGUUAUUGGAGGGAACCAUUUUCGUGGGACAAGCGAUUACGAUGAUGUGCUGUGUUGUGAGUACUAUUGCCCCAUUAGCGAUCAGUGGACUGAGAUUGCUCCAAUGCUACGUGGACAGAGUGAUGUUGGUGUUGCAGUUUUCAACAAGAACAUAUAUGUCAUUGGGGGCUACUCAUGGAACAAUCGUUGUAUGGUUGAAAUUGUCCAGAAGUAUGAUCCAGAAAAAAAUGAAUGGCAAAAGGUCUUUGAUGUCCCCGAAUCACUUGGUGGCAUACGGGCAUGCACCCUGACAGUUCAUGUACCAGAGGAUGAAAUAGAAUCACCAUCUCAAGAAUCUCCAUUUUUGGGAGUAAGUGGAAUGGCUUGUUUUAAUAUUAAAUGCUGACUGCUAUGGACUUCUCCUUACAAUGCUGUUUAUUGUCUCCUUUCAAAAUGCUGAAUGCAUUUCCAAGCCAAGUAGUUUACAACAGCUUGGUUUGAAAAGGACAUUGAUGCCUUGUGACCUCUAGAUUUUAUGAUUGAUAUUGGUUUCAGAUUGACUAUAUAUUGCAAACACAUCAAAAUAAUUCAAACCAUAGCACUAUUCACUUAAUGGAUAAAUUAAAAUUUUAAGUGGACUCUGCCUGAUAUAUCUGUACUAGGUUAAGUUACAGACAUAGUUAUUCCUUUGUGUAACAUAUGUGGGUUUUUUCUAUAUUGCUGUUUAGUAAGGUGAGCAAGAAGGACAGAACUUCAAAAUGCAUUAAAUGUCAUACCACUGGUAAACAUGGUUUUGAGUUGUACUUCAACACUCCAUAAAUACUACACUACUUUCCCCUUUAAAAAAUUAAUAAACCCAUGCUAAUGAUAUUAUCAUCAAUCUACAUCAUUAUCAUAAAUUAACUAUUUACAUACAUAUAGUUAUAAAUCAGUCGGACAUUUAUAUAAAAAUACCCAGUCAAAAGCUAGAAUACUACAGGUUUUCUGUACCUCUGAUCUUCUCAACUGCAGGAGUGUUUUUGGUUACUCCCAAUGUCCACACUGGGAAUCCUUGAUUCUGGUGAAUUACCUCCACUUGUGGGCUGUGUGUAAUAGUUCUUGGGUUCUUGAUGUCCCUUGACCUACCUCCCACCCAGCAGUAGCUGCAUUAUUGAACCAAUCCUCUAUCCAACUUGGGCUCACCUGCACCUAAUCUUCUCUAUCAUUGUCCUCCUGUUUUCCAUGCACACAUCAGCUGACUGAUGUGUACCAUUCAGUGUCUGUUAUUUGUUCACCACAUAGUGCCUGACUCCCAGCACUUCUGCAAUCUGCGUGUCCCCAGCAUGACAAUCCUCCACGCACUGAUGAUCUGAUUAUCCUCACCUGAAACCUCUGACUGUGACUUGUGCCACCCUUUCUGACUCCUCAUUUCCUCCACACCAUUUUCCAAGUUGGACUGUUCAAACAGCCAUGUCUGCAACCUGCAAGCCAUCAGCACAUCAGCUGAGGAAUAUUCUGUGCUGGAGUGGAGGUGGUACUCAGGAACAACACCAGCCGAUGCCUCAUGGGUCACGUGGAUCCUUCCUCUCGUAACCUACCACUCCUUGACUGUGCAGACAGAUCAUUCAGCCUAUCCAUUGAACACUGGUGACGUUAAGAUGUGUUGGUUUCUGUUAGAGCAGAAGAACAUGACAAGUUGUCCUGACCUAAACUGUGGAUAAUAAACCAGUUCUUCUGGGAGGGCAUGUUUUACAAAAGCCAACCUCAGAUCUCCAAUGGUCUAUGUCGAAGUUCAUGAUCCAAAUGUCACUACUUUCUAUCACCUUGGGUGACUGUUAACCGAUUCACAUUUUGUCACCAGGACUUGCUUAUAGUAUCACCACCUGCUUUUUGUGUGUUUCUGCAAAGCUCUGUUCUACAUCAUCACCCGACAAUGAUAUUAUUUGCUCCCAGGAACGUCUCCACCUGUUCCGUGUACAGAGCAAACUUCUGAUAUUUUUCCAGCUUACCAACAUAUCCGCCACAUCCACGACUCAUCAUUAUUGUUCUGUCAAGUGAACUCCAGUCUCUUUUACCUCACAUUCAUCUACUGCCUUGCUCGUUCUUCCAGAAGCAUCAUCCCGUCCUUUACUGUAGCAUCAGUAGGUUCUUCUCUGUUGCGCCGUUCAGUGAGACAAGAUAGAGCUUCCUAUCAAAUGUCCUUUAUUAAAGGCUAACAACACCUAACAAAUUGCAUUGGCCAAGUUAACAUUGUAUUGAAAUUCAUACCACACAGUACAUAUGGUUCUUAAAAAAAUACACAUUGAGUAUGUACUGCAUUUUGUUGCCAUAGAAACUACUCUCAAACAUCUGUUCAUACAAGUGUGUAAUCUCUGCCAAUUCUUGCCCCAGGUGGGUGCCCAUUGACUAUAAUGACUGACUAGUCUUCAGCAUAUAAACCCUAAAUAUCAAUGUGUAAUUAUUCAUCACUGUACCAUAAGUACUUAAAAAGACUGUAGCCCAACGAUUUUAUUUUUGGCAACAGGUUAUAUCUGAUUUUUU